CACAACUAACCACCAAUUGAGCAUCAGUUAAGGAUGUCAAGUCGCUCUGUGUUGGAAACACGAGUCGAAAUCGAUAGGAGUUCCUUCUCUCGUUCACUCUCCAUCGAAAAGAUAUGCGUGUUGAUGGGGACUUUUCCCGUUCAGCCGGCCAGCAUGUGAAAACUGGAACAUCUAAAGAGCGCAAGCAACUCAUCAUGAUAUUGGGAGGUCGAGGGGUCGGGUAAGACACUUCUGCUUAUCGUGCAUGGUUUGCGACGUGCGAUACUUACUGCAUUAGUUUCCAUGCAUGCGACAUGCUGUGCACCUGUCCUCGGAUCGGGCCUCCCGUUCGCGUAUGGUGAGUUGACCAGUCGUAAUCAGCGGGAAUAAGGCUUACUUGAACAAGAUUCCAUUUCAUGUCUAUAUAAUACCGUGUGAGGAGUUAUCUUUACAACGAGGAUAAAUACUGUACAAAGCGAAUUCAAGCAAUUUGCGAGCAAAAUAUGGCGACACGGCCGCAUCAAUCGCCUCAGCAUCCUCCAGCGGUGUGCGGACGAUCUCCAUCGCCUCUUCGUCAGGGGAAGAUGUCAACUGAUUGGGCGUUGAGAUUGGAUAAAAAACCUGUUGACCGUACAGUAGAGGACAUAGAGAUCAUCUACUCUCGCCUGUGCACAUUGAAGGUGUUUAAUCGUCUUCCUCCCGCGCUGAUCCAACAGAUCUGUCGAUGCUCACAGUACGAAGAUUUGGACAAGGAAGUAACAUUAUUCAGGCAAGGUGAUCUUGGAAUAAACUGGUAUGCAGUCCUUAGUGGAAGCUUGGAAGUACAAGUCAGGGAAACCUCUAACAAUAAGGAGGCAGUUACGAUCUGUAAGCUUGGUCCUGGUGCUAUGUUCGGUGAAUCGGUUCUUGACGAUACUCCUCAUCAGGCUACGGUCGUUACCAAGGAAACAUGUGAAUUGAUCAGAAUUGAACAACCAGAUAUCAGAUAUCUGUGGGAGGUAAGUUGUAGGAAAUGUAGUCGGAUGAUUUGCAUAGUGUCGACUCAGGCCCUGUCUUACAAAGAGUUACGAUUGAUCCGGUCAAUCUCAACCAAAUAG